GUACCAGUCGACGAUAGCUUUAGGGUAGUCAUGGCUGCGAAGUUAUCGGAACUAUCCCAAACAAGUGCUUGCUGCUGAAGCUAGCCGGCCGGAAAAUGACUGGGAAGAAUAUGUAACGAUUGGUGAAAGUAUUUUAUAAAUUUUUAAUCUUUAAAAUUCAGUUUAUACAAUCGGAAUAUCAGCGGUAUAAUGUUGCCAGUGUUGGUGAUAAUUGAAGGUAAUUAUAGCACAAAAAGAAACCCGCUAUUGCGAAACGGAACCAAAAUCGAUUGUGCUUGAUGUUGGGGAACCGAAAAAUCUGACAUUUGAAACGUAUUUAACCCAUGUGUUCAUGGAAUCCUCAAAAUAUUGAUCAACGUGAAUCUCUUUCGGGAAUUGAGUCUAAACCCGCUUCAUCUCUUGAAAUGAAAGAUAAGAUUGAUAAUGAACGUGAGAUAAAUCCUAUUUGACUUGAAUCAACGUUUGAUUUGCGGUGUUGAUAACCUAACGUAUCAAGCACGACGUGAUGAUGUAACUGAAAAACUGCCGGCUUCACGCGACGUUCAGUUGAGGACUACAUGGAAGAUAACUAAAUCGCAUAAGUGAGCAAAUAACGAGUUGACUCGAUGUCUGGCGUGGGAAAGCCUACCACGUGUAAAGAUGCUAUCAGAAGAUGGGAGGAAGCAACCGGACUUGAAGCGUCUUCCGCGGUCGAAGUCAACCUCAGUUUUCAGUGGCCACCGAUCGAGAAAAUGGAUAACGCUUUGUCUGUCCUCGUAAAGUGUGAAAAACUUACCUUGUCGACUAACAUGAUCGAGAAGAUUGCUGGUAUUUCGUCAUUGAAAAAUUUGAAAAUUCUCUCUAUCGGUCGGAAUCUAAUCAAGGCAUUCUCCGGCCUCGAACCGCUGAUAGAAACAUUAGAGGAGUUGUGGAUAUCGUACAACAGCAUCGAAAAAAUGAAGGGAAUAACUUGCAUGAAGAACCUCAGAGUUUUGUACAUGUCGAACAACUUGGUACGCGAAUGGAACGAGUUGUCCAAGCUGCAGGAGUUGCCGAGCCUUAGAGAUCUGCUUUUCGUUGGAAAUCCUCUCUGCGAUGGCUUAGAGACGGAAGCUUGGAGAGCAGAAGUAGCCAGGCGUCUUCCAAACUUGGAGAAACUCGACGGAGAGCCAAUUAUUCGCACCGAGGAUGGACCCUUGGGAGCUUUGGCGAAAACCGAAUGUCCACCAUUGCCAAAAUCGCCGGAGCAAACAGCGGGAUGAUGCUGUCCAUUGAUUUGCGUAUCUUCGUGCCGUUAUUCAGGGUUUUUCGUGCAUCGUCGUGGUCUACGUUUAAUUGUCACGGCAUUGACAGCAAGUGCGGUAAAACAGCAUCUAGGGAAUGACCACGAUCAUAGAUCUUCGAUGAUAUCUUUAGAGGGAAUAUUUUUUGUCAACCUAUAGACGCACGCGGAAAUUUGGACAAUAAAUUCGUCACGAUCAUUUGUCGUCUAAGAUAUUUUACCAUUUGUUACAACUUUAUUUUGUAGAGGUAGCAAAUGAUGUUACGAAUUUGUAAGAGUUUAAUUAUUAACAUUACGUAGUACAUUUUGACGCAGUAGAGGAAUAUUUUACAUUUAUAAUCGUUUAUUCGUUUCAUAAUACAAGAUAUAGAUCGUACAUCUGUUUAUAUUUAAGUUGAAAAAGGUUUUGUAUAGACUCAUUCAUUAUUUCGGCAGAAGAACUGCACGCGCGAUGAUGGAUAUAAAGUACAGAGAGGUAUCUAAUUCGAUCAAUAAAAUGUCACGCUUCGCAGUGUUACGGUAUUAUUAUAUCAAUACAAUAUGACAAGUGACAGGCAGCUGAAGAAUUAGGUGUUUCUUUUUUUUUUUUCUAUAAAUUUCUUUUCCAUAGAGUUUUAAAGUUUUAUGUAUAGAUAGAUAUACGUUAAAAUAAGGCAAGUGAGACGCGACGGUGCGUGUUUGUUAGAAAAUUGACAUGUGCGCUUAUACGUGAGAUUUAUAUCAAUAAUUAUGCUGAUGCAGUGAUUA